GGAAUCAAUCACUCGACGAUACUUGAUUAAUCGUCUUCCUCAGAUUCCUCUCAUCUAUCAUUUGAAAGGAUACGAGCAAACUUUGAAUGAAACGCUGACGUUUUAGGGUGGUCUUAAGACAAAAAAUAAUAAUGAAGUUGUGGGGAUGCUUUUUAGUGAUCAUUGGUUCCAUUUCCUUCGUUGGGUUUGUGUUUGCAGCUCUAUUAUCCAAACUGUUUCCGCUCUCUGACAAUCCCAUCAUCCAAGCUAUUCAGAAUGAUAGGUACUACUGCUUCUUAGCUCCACUGACUCUACCAACAUUACUUGUUUCUGUCUACUUUCAUUGGCUUGCCAUGAAGCUCUUUAAGCACGCAUGAGACUAAUUAAGGUAUGAUUUUGGUUUCCCUUCAAUAUUAUGUAUCUAAUUUUGGCCAUUAGUUAACGCAAAGUGGGAUAAUUAUGUUGAUUUUUGGGCAAAUUACAAAGUGACGUUUGUUGUAGUAUUUUGGAAACAUAUCUCUUAGAGGUUUGAAUCAUCAUGGAAUCUAAAGCGUAAGAAAACUGUGUGGUUGAAGGAUCAUUUCUUACUUGGUUACUUCAUUGCGAGAACAGACAAAAGUCACAGAAUAUUCUUGUUUGUAAAAUUAUCCUUGUCAAGAAAUGGUAAAUAU